GCGCGCGAGUGCAGCGGCGGCGGCGCGGCCAUGGCCGCGCGGUCGGACCUCGAGCUGCGGCGGGAGUUGCAGGCCCUGGGCUUCGAGCCCGGGCCCAUCACCGACACCACCCGGGACGUCUACCUCAACAAGCUGCAGCGGCUGCGAGGCGAGGCCCGGCUGCGCGCGAGGCCCGGCGCGGGGGUGCUGCGGCCUGAGGCGGCGCGCCCGGGCCUGGGCCUGGGGCCGGGGGCUCGCCCGGGGCUCGGGGCCGCCCCCGCUUCCACCUCUUCCUGGGCCGGGAGCCGACCGAGCAUCCACCUCGCCGCGGCCGGGGCCCGCGGCACUUCCUCCUGGCGCCCCGGCCGGGAGCGAGAGCUGGAGCGGGACAGCUCCGAGGAGGACGAGCCGCCCGCCCCGAAUCCUGGCCCCCGCCGCUGGUGGACCCCGGCUUCGGCUUCGGCUUCGGCUUCGGCUUCGGCUUCACCGUUGGCCCGCAGCCCGGCUGUGUAUGGGGCCCCCCGGCCUCGGCCCCUGCCCCGGCCCGAGGUGGGGCGGCGGCUGGAGCGCUGGCUGUCGCGCAUCCUGUGCUGGGUCAGCCUGGCGGGGGUGCUCGUCUUCCUGGGCUUCCUGUGGGUGAAGACGGGGGGGCCCGCCCGGGCGCAGGAGGCGGAAGAGAACAUGAAGUUAUUGCCUGUGGACUGCGAGAGGAAAACAGACGCGUUCUGCCAGGUGGAACAGAAGAAAGUUUUGCUAGAGGUGCUGCAUGAGUUAUAUAACUUCUUGGCCAUACAAGCGGGUAAUUUUGAAUGUGGAAAUCCGGAGAAUCUAAAGAGUAAAUGCAUUCCUGUUAUUGAAGCACAGGAAUACAUUGCAAAUGUAACCGGCAGUUCACCAGCAAGGUUUGAAGCUGCAUUGACCUGGAUACUGAGCAGUAACAAGGAUGUAGGAAUCUGGUUGAAAGGGGAAGACCCGUCUGAGUCAGUGACAACUGUGGACAAGGUGGUUUGCCUGGAAUCUGCCCGUCCCCGGAUGGGUUUGGGUUGCCGGCUCAGUCGGGCUCUACUGACAGCCAUUACCACUGUGCUCCUUUUCUUCUGGGGUCUGGCUUUUUUGUGGGGACUUCUGAUUCUUCUGAAAUAUCGGUGGCGGAAAUUAGAGGAAGAAGAACAAGCCAUGUAUGAGAUGGUGAAGAAAAUUAUAGCUGUAGUUCAGGAUCAUUAUGUUGACUGGGAGCAGGACAUGGAACGCUAUCCAUAUGUGGGCAUCCUUCACGUACGAGACACCCUGAUCCCACCUCAGAGCCGGAGGCGCAUGAAGCGGGUCUGGGACAGAGCAGUGGAAUUUCUGGCAUCCAAUGAAUCCCGGAUUCAGACAGAGUCCCACAGGGUGGCUGGAGAAGACAUGCUGGUGUGGAGAUGGACUAAGCCCUCUUACUUCUCUGAUUCUGAAAGCUAACCUCCCCAGGCAGGGUCAGACGUUCAUGUCCAGCCUGUCCUUGGGGACAGUUUCCACCCUAGGCUCAACAGAGAGGAGUCCACAGAUCUGCUGGUGCUGAAUUCACACUCAUGCCUUGACCUCCCAACUUCUCCUGCCCAUACAUUGUUCCCAUUUCUGAAGGUCACGCCAAGAAAUUUGUGAAAAGUUUAGCUUGUGAGGACUAUCUAGAUUUGCCCUGAGGGUUGGGGAGGAAACAAAUUGGGUCAUGUAGCUGAUCCUUGGUUUUUUUCAGCAAGUAGACCCUUCCUCCCUUUCCUGUUUAGCACCUUUCUUUCUUAAAAGGAAGUGAAAAGGGGUGGAUGCCCAACAGCUGCACAGCUGCUGGAGAUCAGUGAGGUGCAGCCAGUAGCUUCCCCCAGUGGCCAGCACCCACUGGUGCUGGCAGCUUAUACAGCUUUGGAGAAGAACCUCCUGGGGUGGGGUCAUAGGGUGGCAACUGAUGGAGGACCGAAGGCAGCUGUGCUAGGUGCCUGGGGAGACUGAACAGGUGUGCUAACAUGGGAGGAGAGAAGAGUCCACUUCCUUUCGGAGUCUGACCUUCCUUUCCAAACAAGGGGAGGGGGAAAAAAAAGAGGCCAGGAAAACUGAAGUGCAUAUGGGAAGACCUAUUAUGGUGGUGAACAGCUUGCUCUGCCUAGACUAGGGCAUCUGUGAGGUCGGUGGGUACCUGGGACCUGGUGAGUGGUGCAUCAAUGAGGGGACGGGGUUGGGGUGCUAGCCAUUGUCCCUGCUUCUGCAACAGAUCUGUAGGUAAUUAAUUGGGGAAGCAGAUGCUUAGGCAGUGGAACUCAACAGAUUUUAAUUUUUAUACUUUUUUCAUCACAAAAUUAGCCUUCCUAAGGUGGUGGUGUCUAUCCUGUGGUGGUUCUCAUUAGAAAUAGUCAGUUUUGGUUGGACUAGCAAUCUCGCCAGCAUCGUCUAUGUACUGUAGAGGGAAUCCUCAUUCUGAGGGAUAACCAUGGCCAGACAUAGGGUGUUUCCUGUGUUGUAAGACCCCCAUACUCAGCCCCCAGGACUGACUGUGUCAUGGAGUCACUUUUUCCACACACUUUGCACAUUGUCUCAACAAUCUAGAAACAUCUUCCAGGGAGACUUCAGCACCUCCGCCCCCUGCUGGCCACAUAAAAAAGUUGCAGGGGCUCUUGCUUCACAAUUCUGAGACUGCCGAACUUCAUUACCUACCUCCUGCUGGCUCAUCAACUCAAAUCAGAACCGAGAAGGAAGUCUCCAGAAACAGACCAGUGGGGGGUCUUAUUAGUCAAGUAGGAAAGAUCCCACACUAACUUGAAUUUUAUCCCCAUAUGUUCUCAUCUGUGGCAGGAAUGGGGUCUCUGAACAAAAGGGAAACUCAACAGCUGUCCAGAAAGACAUUAGCCAUCUCUUUCUGAUCUUAGUGGUUUUUCUCUUAAUAAAAUUCCAGUAUUCCACAUUUUAGCAAUACUAUUUCCUCUGAUGUUUGUAUGAUCCAUGGUGCCUGUAAUCUUAAAUUUCAGCUCAACUGUAUAGAAAUAUCAUUAUAAUCAGGCUCAAAGUGAACUUCAUUAUUAAUGACUAAAUUGCUGGAGGAAUAGCACUAUUUAUUAAAAACAUUUGUUUCUUUAA